GAGGGGUGCAUGCCAGUAGCGAAUGCCACUGGAUGAAAUUGCACCAAAGAUGUCAACAUUGCUUUGCCACCCACACGAAAUCGAUUGUAUUACCUUCAAGAAGGUGGCUCCUCGUAUAAAUAGGGACGCGUUAUUUCAAGAAAGACGGUGAGCACAAUCUGCCGGCUGUACUCUCUCUCUCUCUCCUGUCCGGACCUCAGACAACGCCUGGAAGGAUUUUGCUGAAGACAACUGUGUCCACUCUCCAGGACAUAAGCAACUUUACCUCCUAAACUAACAGUGAAGUCAUGCAGGUGGAGAGGAAAUGGCACAUUCUGUUUACUAUAUUCUUUCUGCUCAUCACCUCGGGCCAGUGUAUGGACAGCAAGGUCGUCAAGCAGAAAGAAAGAAGGACCCUGUUGGAUCUAAUCUUACAGGUUAUCAGAGAAAGCCAGCAACGGGACAAAACCGUCUCCAGACGCUGUAGCAGUGGACUCUUCACUUCAGCACAAGACAUGAAGUCCACCUCCCGUGAAAAGCCUUUCUACGUUCCUAGGCUGGAUAACAGUAGACUCAUAGAAAUUGUUCCUAGAGAUGUAAACAUGAAAGGAAAAUUCAUUCAGCAUUUCACAGCAGGACCAGUCAAGUUCUCGUCGGAGUGCAGAACACACUUUCAUAGACUUUAUCACAACACAAGGGAUUGCUCAAGACCAGCAUAUUACAAAAGAUGUGCAAGAUUGCUAACACGAUUAGCAAUGAGUCCUCUCUGCAUGCAAUCGUAGAUGUUGCAUGUCCCAACAUAAUGGAAGAGGGAUCAUUGUGUUGCCAAGGAAGUGCCUUCAAAUCCACAGCAGUCAUAUGAACAUUGUCGAGUUUAUAGUGUUUCUAUUUUUGUUGUCAUUAUUGAAAUUGCUGAUGGACAUUGUUGAAACAAUGAAUGGAUGUGCUUUUUAUUUUAAUGUACCUGUAUGUAGCAUAUAUUUGUAAGGAACCAUUAAUUUAAUAUUAAAUACACCUAUUUAUUGAAAUGGUAUGUAUAUAAUAAUUUCACAAUCAUUCAAAAUCAGAUUACUGUGGUUAUAAAAGUCAUAUCUGGUGGAGGGGAAGCCAUUUUUAUCCUUAUAUGAAUUUAUUUUCCGCUACUAUGCUGAUAUUUUAUUCAGAAAUUGGUCUGAGAGAUUUUUCAUCUCUUUCGUUGUCUUCAUUACGUUUGAUUUGGCACUUGAGUGAUUGCUGACAGUGAGAAC